AUGGAAAGCCCUACCUUGAGCAGGAGGCACAACAAGCUGACCAUAGAUCCAGAUCGGGCUGAGCGCCGCCAGAGUGCGCAAGGGCUCUUCAAUGCUAAAACAAGAGCCAGCUUCACUCCGGAGCAAGUUGCUGAAUGCAGAGAGCUCUUCCAGAUUUUCGACAAGAACGGCGACGAUAAGAUCGACAAGUCGGAGUUUGUCCCGAUGAUGAAGGCUCUCGGAUUGAACCUCAGCAGUCAGGAGCUGGACAUGUUCUUCACUCGGAUGGACUACAACGGGGACGGCAGCGUGCAGUUCCACGAGCUCGUGAGGUUCCUGGAGGGCAUCUCCCAGCCAAUCACGUUGGAGCAGGAGCUCAAGGAGGCCUUCGCCUUUUUCAACCCUGACACACUGGAGAUGGAGCCACACGAGAGCCUUGAAGUCAUCAACCAGAAAGGGUUGGCACAGAUCUUUGAGGAGAUGGGUGAAGACAUCAGCGAGCUCGAGUGCCGAGAGAUGAUCUUGGCUGCAACUGGAGGGAGGGAGGUCAUAGAUUUCAAGACCUUCCAGAAGCUCUGCAAGCCCCGGAAGUCGGGUGCAGCUGGUAGCGGCAAGAUGCUUGCUAACAUGUCCUCUGGAAUUCCGUCCCCGCGACAUCUGAAAGCCAGCUUUGCGGUGGUCGGAGUGUGCACGAACUUCCGACAUGACUUCAGAGGCAUCUCUAGGCAUGUUCGAGAAGCCAUCCGCGACACGAAGAAGCAGAUGCUGGAGCGAAAGAUCUCGCAUCUGCGCUUUCUUGUUUGCGGUGGCGACGGCACGGUCACGUGGGUCCUCCAUGAACUGGAGGCUUGCAAAGAAGAAAACCGCCAUCUCUUCACCACGCAGAACGAGGAGCCAGCCGUCGGUGUCGUGCCAGCUGGCACCGGAAACGACCUGGCCCGUUCGUUAGGCUGGGGGCCGAAGCUGAAAUCAGUGGCGGCUCUCGUCGGUUAUGUACAGUGGGCCCUGGCUGCAGAUAUCGUGCCACUGGACCAGUGGCAGGUGACGCUAACCUUCAGUCAGGGGGACCUCGUCGCGAAUCACGUGACUGACCUACGUGUGCCACCUGCAUUCCGAGAGAAGCUGUCUUCUCCAGAGAAGCGGUGCUUCGAGGGCUACUUCCAAAACUACUUCUCCAUUGGCAUGGAUGCCAGCGUCACGUAUGGGGUGGAGCGUGCGCGAAAGUCAUGCCUAGGUCGACUUUGCUUCCUGUUCGGCUGCGGCAAGGUGUGCUAUGGAGUUCAGGCACAUCGGUUGCAGUGCUGCUGCUCCCCAGCGCUCAGCUUACAAGACGGCAAGGUGCAGUUGCGAACCAGCACGUCGCCGCCGCCUGCCGCAACGACACCCUGGGUUUCUCACGAGGUGGAAAGAACUCGUCAGAUCACCUUGCUGAACAUCAAUUCUUAUGGCUCUGGCAGGGUGGUGCUCAACCACGACGACCUCCUCGACACGUCGCCUUCGGAUCAGUUGCUGGAACUGGUAACCGUGCGGAAUGCAUGUUCCUUCGGAUGCGUCAUGGCUGGAGGCACUGCGCAGGUACACAGCAGUGCUGAGAGCUGCUUUCCUGUCAAGGGCCUCACCCUCCGCAGCUGUGGGCUCGGCCUUUGCAGCGAGGCCAAGAUGACGGCGACAGUCAACUACCCAUGGCCAGGCAAAGGCAAAGGUAGCCAGGCCAAGGGUGCAUGGGGCAAAGGCGCCAAGGGCAGAUGGUCCCGUGAGGCCUGGAAAGGCUGGGGCAAGGCCGCAAGUGCCUGGGAGAAGGGAGCUGGACUCAAAGGUAAGGGCCGGGGGCGGGGGAAGGGCAAAGGUCAAGCUGCGUGGACCUGGAAUCAGACCUUGCUCAUGCCCGGCGAUGUCGUGCGCCUGCGGCGAUUCGAUGAUCCCGACAUUCACAUCGGCCCGCUGACCGUCUCAAGCCUCGCACAGGACAUCCUGUGCUUUCAGUCCGAGUCCGGAUACCUGCGGCUGCAGAGGAGAGGCGGCGACCUCCAGGGUAAGCGAGGCGGAAGCCGCACAUUGUUCUCAGUUUCAAGGGGCAGCGCCUUCGAAGACCGGGAGGUCGUCCUGUUCGGACAGGCCGUAGGGAUGUUCCUGACCAUUGAAGCAGAUGGUAGCAUUGGCGCCAGCGUGUCGCGCAGAUCGUUGCUCUGCGAGUGGCUGACCUCCGGAUCCGAGGAGAUUCGGUCGGAGGCCCCGGAGUCACCCGAGGCCUCGGAAGGCCUCCGCAAUCGGCUUCCAAAGGCCGAGACUGAGACCGAGCCGGAGUCUCUGCCAAAAGCCGAGGCGAAAGAUCAGCAAACCCCAGCGCCCGCAGAGACGACCGUCUUUGAAGAUGCUGGCGGACUCAAUGAGUCCUUGGAGCCGGAAGCCUUUUGGGCAAAGGAACUUCAGAACGCACCUAUCUUUGAGCUCAACUUCCCUCCGCUGCACCCCUUGGAUGCGUACUUGACGCACGAAGUGGGCAGAGCGCAUCGGAUUCUUUCCGGACAGGUGGUCCCAGAAGUUGUGCUCGCCGCAUGGGUCCUUUUGCUCUGUCGGUAUUCUCGCGCGGAGGAGGUACUGCUUCUGGUCUCCCAGGACAGUCCCGUGGCUUUGCGGCUGGCAAGCUUGGAGCAGUUGUCACUACAGCAAGCCGCAGAUGCCUACCGCAAUCGUUUGGCAGAUGCCAGGUCCUGUUGGGCCCAUGUUCCUGCGGAUAUACUGAAGUGCCGUGUGGGCUUUCUCUUCGGGCCAGCGACGGAUCUUGACUGGACAGCACCUUGCGGCCAAGGCCGGCUGAUGCUGCAGCUGCAAUGCGAGCCUCAAGCCGAAGGCCUUGCAUGUACUCUUCUCUUUGAGCAAGGCUUGCUCAGCACGGCAAGUGCCGCACGGGCCCUGGAGCAUUUGGAAGCGCUGCUCUCCACGGACCUCACUUUGCCAGCGGGGCUGUUGGAGGUCUGCAACGAAAUGGAGCAGUGGAUGUUGCUGGAUUGGAGUGAUCAAAGAUCAGAGAGAUACCUUGACUCUGGCAAAUGCAUCCACCACUUCUUCCAAGAACAGGCCUCUGCUGUGCCCAGUCGAACGGCAAUUAUCGAAGACUCCGAGUCUUUGACUUAUGCCCAGCUAGCUGCAGAAGCAGGGCAGGUAGCUUCAGAGCUUCUGUCGGCCGACGUCACUGUAGAUAGCUUGGUGCCACUGAUGUCCCAUCGCUGCACGGAGAUGAUCAUUGCGAUCUUCGGCAUCCUCUUUGCUGGCGGUGGGUAUGUUCCCUUGGACACCAAGUGGCCAGACGACCGUGUCAUGGAGGUGAUCUCGCAAUGUGCUCCACGUGCUGUCUGCGCCGGCCCAGGCUUUGCAGUUCGCCUACAGUCCCUCGUAAAAGAGUUGAGCACCUGCCAGAUCUUGGACAUCAAGCGGAAACAAUUGAAAUCUCUCAGCGCACCUAUGCGAGUCGCGUCCGAACCCAACAGCACCAAUGCGGUGUACUGCUUUUUCACUUCGGGAUCUUCAGGCAAGCCCAAGGGUGUGGUGGUGGAGCACCGUGGACUGGUGCACCGCAUUCUUUGGUUUCAGGACCGGUGGCAAAUGCGUCCGGGCGAGUGUGGAAUCCUGAAGCACAGCUACACCUUCGGCUUGUCCGAGUGGGAGAUCUUCUGGCCACUCUCCGUGGGUGGUACGCUGGUCCUCUGCCGUCCGGACGGGGAAAAAGAUAUGGAGUACUUGUGGCAGCUCUCUGAGCAGUAUCGAGUGCGGACCCAGGUCUUCGUGCCCUCGGUCCUCAGGGCAUUGCUGGAGUACGCAGAGCUUGAGUUCGAAGACCAGCAGGUAAAGCUUUGGCCGGACCUGAAGGCAGCCAUCACCUGUGGCGAGGCUUUGCCGCCAAGCCUCGCGCAGCAGUUCUUCGACUUCCUGCCGCAUGCCACGCUGGACAACCUCUACGGCCCUACCGAAGGCGAAAUGACCGUUUGGCGGCUUCCCAUGGGCCGCAUUUUGCAAAGCAUGCCGAUCGGAGAGCCCAUGGAGGGCUCCAGAAUCCUAAUUUGUAGCUCUGGCGGUUUGGCUGGUGUCGGGGAGCCCGGGGAGAUCUACUUCGGAGGUGACUUCAUUGCACGAGGCUACCUGGGCAUGCCGCAGCUCACAGAGGAGAAGUUCGUCCUCGAUCGUUUUCUGGGUGCCGAGGGCACGAAGCUGUAUGCUUCGGGCGACCUAGCCAGGUGGAGGGAGUCUGGAAUUCUGGACUUCCUUGGCCGGGCCGACUUCCAGGUGAAGCUGCGGGGCUUCCGCAUCGAGCUGGGGGAGAUCGAGGAGGCAUUGCGCGCGGCAGGCGCCAAGAAUUCCGUGUGCAUCGUGGUUGGGCAGGGGACACAGCAGCGGCUGGUGGCCUACGUGAUCAUGCCUGGAGGUGAUCAAGCGACUUUGCGCGCCGCUUGCACCAGCCGUCUCCCUGCCUACAUGGUGCCAGCACAGGUGGUCUUCUUGGAAGCCAUGCCGCGGACAGCCAGUGGCAAAAUUGACCGCAAGGCACUGCCAGCACCACCGGAGCCACAAGGGGAGAGCGAGGAGGCGGUGCUUGUGGUGGAGCCGCGAGACUCCCUGGAAGAGCGCAUCCGCGAGAUCUGGGCCAAGGUGUUGGACCGUGCACCUGAGAGUCUCAGCGUGGAAGCAGAUUGGCCUCUGGUCGGUGGCAAUUCCCUUCUGGCCGGGAAAGCAACUUCACUUUUGCGCAAAGAGCUGGGCGUGCAGCUGCCAGGGACGGCCAUGUACACCAACAGCACGAUUGCCAAGCUGGCCCUUUUGGCGUCGAAGCUCGGAGCUACCGUUUCAGGUGACGAGCCCAAGCCUGCCGAGACGAGCCAGGCACCGAAUCACUAUGAUGGAUUCAGACCAUAUUCAGACCGCCACAGUAGUGGUCUCUGUUGUGGAGCCUCAAGUCCUCAAGACCCAAAACCCCCUACUCGUUUGCCUUUUUCCUUCGGGGGCGGCUUAUUUUCUGCAAACCCCCAUGUUCUUUCAUGA